UCGUGCAUUGUGUACGCCAAUCAAAAAAGAUCAACUUACGCACUUCAUUGAUUCCUUAUUGAAGCGACGGAUAAGAAAAGGAUGGGGUCUAUUUUUAGUUCCAAAGGACCCAAUGGUCUCAAUGAAUCAGAUCGUGAAGUUGGAUUUAUUCGGAACCGACGGUCCUGGUCAAGGCUUCAAGGGUCGUCGAGACAGCGGUGGCUGUCUUUUCACGUCCAACUCCCUCUCUCUGCCCCUUUUUAGGCUAUUAGAUAGGGGCCAUCAUCAUAGGGCAUCCUUCCGUGAUGGAGGCGAAGAGGUAGUGGAGGAGAAGAGGGAGGAAGCGAUCAUAGAGGGGAACAGGGAGAAGGAGAUUAGACAGUCAGCAACAACAGCCGCGUUUGCAGAUGCUCCGCGUCCUGUCCGUCGUCCUAUCCGUCCGAUAGGGAUGGGGAUGGUAGAUAAGGCGGCGGUGCAGGAGAGCGAGUUUCCUAAUCGGGCCAUCAUCAGCGGGGGAUCGAAUCGCCGUAGACUCUUGCAGAUGGUGACAGUGGAUUCCGGAAAUGACAAUUGCGAGAAUUGCGGAAGACGCAUAUCAUUUUCCUAUUGGCUUCUAAUUUGGGGGCCGGGACUUGUUUUGUGUCUGCUCCUCUUCUUCAGAGUACCAUUUUGGAGGUUGAUGAAGCGUGGUUUUCAUGCUAUUGGGAUCGUUUGGCUGGGCCAGCGUAUCGCUGCGGCUUGGGUGAGUCUUCGUGGAAUGUUCUGUGGUCUAUCAGUUGCAAGGAGGACGGACGAAAUUGACGUGGAGGGGAAUGACGUGGCAGGGCAGGCAGCAGCAGCAGAAGCAGCAGGAGGAGGAGGAGAUGGUGGAUUGGAUAGCCGGAGAACGGUGAUGGCCAUGCACGAUCAAGCGUCAUCGACGUCGUCGGUGCCGAUCGCGGUGGGAAGGAUUGGGAUCGAGGUCGCGGUGGCUGUCGGGAUAGGGACUGAUGAAUCUCAGCCGGGUGGAGCAUCAUCAUCGAGGGGGGAUUACGUCCAUGCAGAGCAGCCAGGAGAAGCCUCAGUGGGAGCGGUCGGGACGUCCUCCCCGCGGUCUGGGAAUGGCAACGAGCAGGGGGGUCGCGGUGGUCGUCGUGGAAAUCGGGAUCCCCACGGGAAUGCCCGUCGGUCGUCGCGACGAUCCAAGCGGCCACUUGUCGUCGUUCUCCCACCUAGUCCACAAGAUUUACCUUGGUUGGGGGUCGAGAAAGAAGAACGAGUACCGAGCGGGAUCCUUGCGGCCUAGUGCCAGUGCAACGAUAGAAAACAGUAUUCUGACUCGGGACCCGGACCUCUGUCCGUUGGCGGUGUGUGUGUGUGUGUGUGUGUGUGUGUGUGUGUGCCGGCGUAUGUCGUCGUAUGCCGCGACGUGUGGCUGUGUUUUAGUGUGGUUGGGGUUGUAUGCUGGCAAACACUGUUCUGAUCCGGAAACCUGGGAGACCAGCAGGACUGAUAGAGCGAUGUGGUUAGGUCCGGUUACAUAUGAUGGGUGGUAGUCUAGGUGUAAGAUGAGAGUAGAACAGACAAGAGAGGCAGUUAUAAAUUCGUUAGAUUCAACCAAUCUGCUUAGUGCAGACAGACGCUUGUACUCUUCUCCAGAAGCGUGUACAGUAAUACACAAGGUUGAGACAUAACCACAGACAUGCACGCACGGUGUGUGUGUGUGUGUGUGUGUGUGUGUGAGAGAGAGAGAGAGAGAGAGAGUAGCGAUGAUUCAUGGGGUAUAGUGGUUAAUGUUGACAAACUCGUCGAUUUCUGACUGUUAAUAUUGUGUCGUCUACGGUGAGAGCCAAUUUCUUGGGCUCUUGAUCUGUCCCAUUCGUUUGAUACCUCAGAAGGGGCCGCUAAUAUUCAUCUGGACCUCGGGAUUGACGACUUUGUCCAGCGACUACGGGUUUCUUUCUCUUUUCCACAUCCCUCCUCCGUCGUUCUCCCCCUGCCUAGCUGCAGCUGUUGACCCGGCUCCAAGUCCCACUUAUCCGUAUUCUUCAUUUCUGACACUACCAGUAGAUUGCCGAGAUCCCUUGUCAGGAAUAACGUUUUUUUUUUUUUUUUUUUUUUUUUUGCAAAUUAAAAUUGCAAGGAAUGAAGCAUUUCUGCAAGU